AUGGGAAACAUCAACAUACCCGCCAAUGAUCCAAAAGCUCCACGAUGGCUUCUGGACCUGCAAGAAUGGAGGAUCCAGCCGUAUACUGAAGUUCCAAGAGAUAUACUAGAUAGGGAAGGCUAUGGCGUGGUUUCCUAUACCUGGGGGUAUAUUGCGCAAUGGGAUAAGCCCGCAUCUGACAUACCCGAGGGUGUUGUCUGGACGGUACCCACUACUUUAAAAUGGUCAUUGUUGAGGGCAAGAAAGGUGAUGCAGAAGAUUGGAACUCGGUAUAUCUGGUGGGAUUGGAUGUGUGUUCCUCAGGGUCUAAAGGACCAGCUUGAUCCUGAGCUAUUAAAGGCUAAAGGGGAGGAAAUCGGGAAACAAUUACACAUCUACAAAAAGUCGGCCAAAAGUAUUGUCUGGCUCCAUUCGACUUCAUGGGAAGAAGAUUCGGCAAUCAAAGAAUUGCUGCUCUUGGAGAUGUCACAACCCGGUUUCCAAGACCCUAAGCUCGUUGAAGAUUAUACAGGCAAGGUCGAGAACUGGCUUCAGACUGCUCAGAAGGACGAGCGCUGGUUAAAAUCCGGUUGGACAUUACAGGAAGGUGUUCUGCUGGAGAGCACUUGUCUGAUUGACGGACAUGGAAAUACUCUCUCCGACAGCAGGUUCUACAACGGUACCCAGGCCACCGUUCGUGAUAUGUCAAUCCCUGUCUCAACCCUAGCUUAUAAUCUAGCCUCAGCCUAUUUUAUACAAAGUGAAGGUCAUGAUCCGGACACUACUAGGCCUGGCGCUGGUCAGUUCGGGCAUCUGCUGCCGAAAUCACCGGAGUCGGUGAUUUGGUUGCGUCAAUCAAUCCAAACUCUAGCUCAAUCUGGGCUGGUAGGAUUCUUCGAGUCUAGUCCUCUUACUAUUAUGUCUGGUAAGAACAGCCGACACUAUGGCUAUGAAAGGGACUCUUGCUGGGCGUUGAUUGGUGCAAUGGAAUUGGAGAAUAUCGAAGUCAGCUACGACUUCCCUAUGGACGAAAUCAAGAGAAGAUUUCUAUCCGCACUGCUGGAGAAGUAUCAAUUGAUGAUGCUUUUCCUGCCCUUUCUAGAGUGUCAGGUCGAAGAGAAGCGAGAAGAAGAGACCAUCAAACGGCCCUUCCAGUGGACGGACAUUGUCGAUGGCGCCUUGUUGCCCGUCAGUCUCUUCCUGGUCGAAUCCUAUGCAGAUCCAGAAUUGCCUGCGGAGAAGCAGCCAACACUCCGCUUCUCCGACCAAAGGUUCAUAUCCGAAUGCCUUCAUCUUAAAGCGCCUGAUGGUCAGACAAUGAGCCUCUUCCGGGCUUGUAAAGAUCACAUCACCUAUUUCCGUCACUAUCGCCAGGAUUCGAAUGGAUUGCGGAUCGUGUCUUCCCGGACUGUUACUUUGGCGGAGGAUUCUCUUCUGGCAAAAGCAUGGUUGCUGCCUUUAUGGAAUGUCGAUAUGAAGGGAACUGUACAGGGGAAACGGUGUUUGCUGAUGCUGCAAUUGGAAGGUCCGACUGAGGGGGAUCAGCCGGUCUAUGCGGCUUUUGGUGGGAUGAUUGACGUGUGGGGGAUCGGAUCCGAAAUGGUCGACGUCAAGGAGAUGAUCUUGUAUCCUUCCCCACGUCGUCUUUAA